AAUUCACCUGCUGUCUCGCUCGCAAUCAUUUCAACUGCUAGAAUUUUCACUCAGUCCUGCAGCUACUGACUGAUACGCUUGUGGUUAAGCAAACAGCAAAAGUCUGGUAGCGGCGGUUGUUGGUCGUGCUGGUAGCAACAGUUUUGUAAUUUCAAUUUAAGGUCAAAUUGGUCGCCGGCGAACCGAUAAAAUGGCUUUCGCUCUGCGUCUCGGCGGUACUCCAGUGGGAGCCGCACUCCGCAACGUCUUGCGCUAUCAGAGAGCUUCAAUUUUCACCAGUAUGAAAUCCAUGCCCGUCCAAGUGCCCAGUGUCCAACAUGGUGUCCCCAUGAAUCCAAACACCCAAAGCGUCCUACCUGCCCGCAAGAAUCCUUCGAUUUGCGCGGAGUGUUGUCGUCCCAUCAGUGUCGCUGUCUGCGAGGCACCGAAAUCGACUGACAUGAGGAAGGAAUCCGAUACGAUGGGAACAUUGGAUGUUCCCAACGAUAAGUACUACGGUGCGCAAACUGUUCGAUCGACGAUUAAUUUUCCGAUUGGUGGUGAAUUCGAAAGAAUGCCGUACCCCGUCAUUAUCGCCAUGGGCACGCUGAAGAAAGCCGCAGCCAUUUGCAAUGUCGAAUUCGGCUUGGAUAAGAACCUCGCCGAUAAUAUUGUUAAGGCAGCCGAUGAGGUAAUCAGCGGCAAGCUGUACAACGACCACUUCCCGUUGGUUAUCUGGCAGACGGGCUCAGGCACGCAGACUAACAUGAACACCAACGAGGUGAUUGCUAACCGCGCCAUCGAAUUGAUGGGCGGUGAGCUCGGCUCUAAGAAGCCGGUGCAUCCUAAUGAUCAUGUCAACAAGUCGCAGAGCAGUAACGAUACUUUCCCUACGGCUAUGCAUAUUGCCACUGCUGUCGAAAUUCAUUGUACACUCAUGCCCGGUUUGAAAAUGUUGCAUGAAAGUCUCAAAUGCAAAGAGGAAGAGUUUGCGAAGAUUAUUAAGAUCGGCCGCACGCAUUUGAUGGACGCUGUGCCGUUGACUCUUGGGCAAGAGUUUAGCGCGUACGCCAAGCAAUUGGAGUACGGUAUUGAACGUGUGGAGGCGACUCUGCCGCGUUUGUAUAAUCUUGCUCUGGGCGGUACUGCUGUGGGCACAGGUUUGAAUACUCGCAUUGGUUUCGCUGAGAAAUGCGCGUCAAAGAUCUCCGAACUUACGGGUUUACCAUUUGUCAGUGCGCCGAAUAAAUUUGAGGCUUUGGCUUGCCAUGACGCCAUUGUGGAAGUCUCUGGCGCACUGAACGUUCUUGCUUGUUCGUUGAUGAAGAUCGGUAACGAUAUCCGCUUCUUGGGAUCCGGUCCCCGUUGCGGUUUGGGAGAAUUAAGUCUCCCAGAAAACGAGCCUGGUAGUUCUAUUAUGCCUGGCAAGGUCAAUCCAACUCAAUGUGAGGCUCUCACCAUGGUUGCCGCGCAGGUCAUGGGCAAUCACGUCGCGUGCACCAUUGGCGGGUCCAAUGGACACUUUGAGCUUAACGUUUUCAAGCCAAUGAUGGUAGCGAACGUGCUGCGUUCAAUUCGUCUCAUCGGUGAUUCCUGCAAGGCUUUCACUGAGCAUUGCGUUGAUGGAAUCAAGGCUAACGAGGAGAAAAUCCAGAAGAUUCUCAAUGAGAGUCUUAUGUUGGUCACCGCAUUGAACCCGCAUAUUGGUUACGAUAAAGCGGCGCAAAUCGCUAAGACCGCGCACAAGGAAGGCACUACAUUGAAGGAGGCCGCGCUCAAGUUGGGACACUUGACUGAGGAUCAGUUUAAACAAUGGGUGCGUCCCGAAGACAUGUUGGGACCAAAGUAAAUCAAUCAACCACGCUAUACAUCAAAUCAUGAACCCUCAAAAAUUUAUUAAUUUUUAAUAAAUCAUUUUUCGUUAUGUGUGUGUACUUAAUUUAUUAUUGUGUACAUAAGUUAGCUGCGAGUAAUUACGUUUUACAAGUUUAUAAAUCACCAGUGUUACUGUUAAAUAAAGCGAAACAUUUGUUAUGAA